GAACUGAAAUUGAGCUAGUGUUUGGCGCGCAGAAUUUGAAGUUAAGCUUUGUGUAACCAAAAUGGGACUUACUCGGGCUAAAGACGGCAAUCCGUCUACCCGCUUUUAUGAAAAUCCAGAAAUUAUUGCUACUUUUGACCCAGUGAGAAUCUGGUUGACAAGAAAUCACAAAAAGUAUACACAAACUGAGCCUCCUACGAAUAAGAGUCUAGCUACUCUGUGUUUUCAAUUGCUACAGUUUCAGGAAACCAAUUUCACAAGUACUGUAAGUCAUUUCAUCAACCCUCUGAUUUAAUUUUUUUAAAGUCGAGGACUUUUAUGAAAAUACCUUUUAAAUGCUUCAUGGAUUUCAAACCUGGUGGUGGUUUAUGCCACAUAUUCCUAACGUGUCUAAAGUUCCGUCACGAGAAUAAUUGGAAAAAAAUAGACCUUACUUCAUCCUCCAGAACCGAGAAACAUCUGGAAAUGUUCUCAGUUAUCGAACGUGAACUACUAACCUACAAGUGCAUGGAGAAACCAGUUGUUUACAUUUCCCCGUUGGUUGAAAAGACCUUAAAUUCAAAACUAAGGGAAUCUGCAAAACGAUUAAAUAUCUCUGUUGUCGAGUCACCUUCUGAGGCUACACAUAUUCUACAUCAACCUCCCCUGAAUUGGCCUGGUGAUAGUCGAGAUGACUUUCUGGUUCAACGUUUCCGAGUUUUGUUCCAUGAAGGUCGAGGAGUACUUUUGCACUGGUUAUACUCACCCGCUUCAUAUACUACAUGGUAUACAGGUCUGCAAUCUGAAUGGUCCAGUGAUACUGAAACCUCAUAUCUCGAAAAUGAAAAUCAAUGGGAUGUAGAUGCUCGUUGGCUUCUGUAUUCAGACGAAAUGUAUGAAUGGAUGGUUGAAGAAGAUUUUUUAGUGCCAACGUCUUCUGUGAAACCAAGACCAACAUACUCACGUAAGUUGUUGAUGAUAGAUCAUUUCUAUUUUGUCAUAAUCAUUUUAACGAACUUCUAAAUUAAUUUUCCUCAUACAUAUUUUCAUCCUUCUAAAAAACAAUGUGUUGUCGGAAAAACAGUUGCAUUCAUGAUUGUGAAAAGAGUCACUUUUAAUAAAUUCUGAAUGAUUUGGAUAUUUUCGUCUUUUUUGUACGCCUCUUUCAUAAUGAAGUCAGUAUAAACAUGUGAUUUCCACAUCUUGUUGUAAGCAAUGUUGUUAAGGCAAAAGUAAAAGUGAACUUAAGAUAGUCAUUGAAUGGCAUUAUUUGUCCGAGCAUCAAUUUGAAACGAGUAUGAUUCGAAUAUUAGGUUUUUCGACUAAAGAUUUCUUACAGGAAAAUACAUAAUCAUCUCAAUUACCAGCAUGUCCAUAGAAAGCUUAAACCGUUAACUCUACAUCGUAGUUCUAAUCCUAAAUUCUUAACUCUUUGUCUUAAUCUCAACCCUGAAUCACUAGCACUACCUCUUGAUCCUAACCCUAAAUCUUAGUUCUAGACCAUAAUACUAAACCCAGUUCCUAGUCCUAGCAUUAUAAAUUGGUCACUCGUAUUCACUGUACUCUGAUUAGCUGAGUGUGUUAAGUUUUCAUAUGUCACUCAAUUAUCUUAAACCUCACCCUUCUAGUUCACCUUUACCAUUUCUUUUUCAGUUUUAUCUUAGAUUUUUAGCAAAAUUCACAUAUUGACACGAUGUUCAAGAAUUAGACCUAACAAUUAGGUCCUAAUUGACUGGGGAGUGAUUAACCUUUAAAAUGGUCUUUUCUAGUCGUUUACGACAUUUUGCCAUGUUUAUCUUGAAUUGUUUUUUUGUAUUAACCAUGUCACUUUGUCACAAAAGAAAGCUAUUCUUCUUACUGAUGGUCCUGUCUUUGAUUUUGAAUUAUUCGGGGGCCUGCAUCCAUAAUUCGUUCUCAUUCGCAGUCAUCUAUCAGCGACAUCAUAUCGUUCCGUUCAUUUGUCGAUAAGCAUUCUACUCGUUGAUUUUGACAAACGAAAAUUUGUUCAUCGAAUCCUAAGGGAUUUCCAUAAUGCUAGUCCCCAAAUGCCCUGGUACGGCCGAGAAUGGGGAGAGUCCGCUGUCCCUCUCCAAAUGCUCUCACAUGGCCACGCGUAUAUAGCCUCUGCCAGGGAAGUCCUACUCACUGCAUUCUCGUGGCGUGGGUGUUGUUUACAAAAAUGAGAGGACGAAAAGCGAAUGUCCGGUGCUUUAACCGGAUUCCAAACUGAUGGUGCACAUGGGCUCCAGUAUCCUGAGGGAACAAAUGGCGUAUGAACCAAUCGUUGGUCACCGGCUUCCAUGGGACCGCAUCUCCUUACGAUGCUCCACUGCCUUGUGGAUCAGACCUUCAGGUCGAAGGCUCGGGGAGUGGCCCCCUAAGAAAACCACCUGAUUCGUUUUGGGCACCCGAGCAGUAUCACAGCCCCCACACAUAUCGAAUGAGAUUUGUGUGGCGCAUAUGUCUUUUCAUUUGGUCUCCAAUUAUUCCCCCAACUUCGUGCUUUCGAUGCACUGAAACUGUUCACUCUGUCUGACAGUUGUAGCAACUUUAAAGUCAUGCUCCCCUAUACACUACUUGCAAACAAUCCUGUGAGUAGCGCCCGCUACAGUACUAGACAAAUGUGACAAGUCAGUUGAUAAAGCUAUGAAUCUUAACAGAUUGAGGUGGUUAGAACAUUCAUUACGUUUACUAACUACCACCUACCUUGACUGGCUAUAUUUACUGGUAUGGGGACACGUUGGAAGAAAGUUACGAGUGUCAAAACCGAAGUGUGUCAUCAAUUCAUAAAGUCAUUAACUGUUGGUCCAAGCCACGUAGGUAAAAGCAGACUACCUGGUUUGGGUCUGCAUGAUAACUGUGAUUAGUGGUUGGAGACUUUGGAUGAUGUGACUCAAAAUUGAACACAGAGAUGUAAAUGCAUUCAUUUUUUUAUUCUCCUUCAGAUCUGGAAUCCCAGUAUUUUUUUGUACAUACCUUUGCAUUCAGUCUUUUUAAAACAUAUUCUCAAUGCCUAGUUUUUCUCAUUGUUAUUCCUACAACACUAUUCUGAUCUCUUUUAUAGUUCGUCUUGUCGAUUUCAUUUAAUUGUGCUAAUAUGAUGUUGCAGUGUGUGUCAGCGCAUAUCUGUACCCAGACUCCAUAUUGUUAAUGACUAGCUGACUGUAACGCUUUACAAAGAGAGUUAGUUCAUAUAAAAUGAAAUGCUAAAAACAGUUGUUUAUUAACUUGAUAUUCUACUAACAGCUUGUAAUUCCUACGCAGAACAGGAUGUUUUUCUACCUCUCCAGUAAUUUUAGGGUGAAUUAUUGAUUUCUAAUGGAUUUAACAAUUAUUAACACUUGAGUUAUUCAUUUCACCUGAUAUGCCAGAACUACUUGAAUUUGUGUGUAUUUGAAGACAAGAUUCAGUCAAAAAUAUUGGUUUUUAAUAAAAGGUUUAUGCACUAAAUUAAAUUGCUCUUAACUAUGCCAUGUUUUUUUUUCAGUCGUUGUUCAUAAAUUCCUUCCACUAUACUGUUAAUAUUUUAUUCCAGUUUGCGAGCACUUAUGAAAGUUCCCAUGCAUCGAUAGCUAUAUUUAGCCAUCCUCAGUAUGUAAUCCAUCGUAUGAAAUUCAUUCGUAUUUUAUUACAGUUUUAUUUCGCUUUAUUUUCAAGCUGAAGAAUUCAUGACUACAAAUACAUCGACGACAGCUGUUACUAACAAUUCUUCUGCACAUUAUACUGGCUCAUUUACACCAACUUCUCAUACAGAUAGUGGAAGUAAAAAGAAACGUCGUAGAUCGCCUUCUCCGUCAGCAUUUGACUCAACUAUGCCAAAUGUUAGCGGUAAGAAAAGACGCCCUGGUUCAUCAUUUACUGGUUCACAUGAACGUUCAAGUCGUGGGCCAAGUAGUCAUGGCGGAUCUCGUAAAAUUCGAAAAGAGGAUGAAGACGAAUCAUUUUCAUGUCAAACUGGUCCACAAGAUCCUAACAAAGAGGAUACAAAUGAUACAGACAUCACUAAAGAUUUUGAUGAUCCUGAACCACCAAAUAAAAUUACACAAAUUACAUCAUCAAAUGGUUCCACAACAUCAGGAUUCAAUGUAUCACGACCAACACGUACUAAUAAUAGUAUUAAUGCAUCACAUGGUGGGGGAGGUGAACUAGGUAUUGGUAAAUCAUUGUUUGAUCUAGAUGAAGAUAAUGAAACAACCGGUGAUGCUAUGGAUGGAGGUCUCAAUGAAUAUCACACUAGUGGCGGUAUAAGUGGAGUUGGUGAAAUGAGUUCUGUCAAUUGUGCUCAAAAUGGUGAUGAAAAUCGACAAAGUGUUAUUCAUACUGAUUUAAGUGUAACAGAACAAGCUCAUUGUAUAGUGAUACCAUCUUAUUCAGCUUGGUUUGAUUAUAAUGCUAUACAUGGAAUUGAACGUCGUGCAUUACCAGAAUUUUUCAAUGGUCAAAAUAAAAGUAAAACACCGGAAGUUUAUUUGGCUUAUCGUAAUUUUAUGGUUGAUACAUAUCGUUUAAAUCCUCAGGAAUAUCUUACAUUUACAGCUUGUCGAAGAAAUCUCACUGGUGAUGUUUGUUCAAUUCUUAGAGUUCAUGCAUUUUUAGAACAAUGGGGUUUAAUUAAUUAUCAAGUUACUGCACCCUUAACAACAAUAACAAAUUCAUCAUCAUCAAAUGGAAUCAAUAAUUUAAAUGGUACUUCUAGUACUACUAUUGGUGCUACUACCACUACUACUAAUACUGCUGGUAAUAAUUCAUCAGAAGCUGCUCGUCUUGCGGUAGCUGCUAGUUUAGGACCACCAAGUACUGCACAUUUUCAUAUAUUAGCUGAUAGUGCUAGUGGUCUACAACCUAUUGGUACACAAAAUUUAGCUGGAACAAAUUCAAUAAUUCCACCUAUUACUACUAAUAAUAAUAGUAGUACUAUUGAUAAUGGUAGUAAUAUUACUGCUACUACUACGACGACGACUUCAACUGACGGGAAUCAAUUAGAUCCGUAUAAAAUGCAAUCUAAUACUAAUAAUGACAGUAAUAGUAAUGAUACUACUACCUCAUUAAUCAGUAAUAAUAUACCUAAACAAGAAUCGCAAGGAACCGAAUGUGCGAACGCAACAACGACGUUAAAUCCUACAAUUCCUGCUUCUGUAACAACUGUCAGUUCUGGAAUAUGUAUUACUAAUAGUACACAACCUUUAAAUAAACAACCAAUUAUCGGUGAUCCAAAUUUACGUACAGAUCAAUAUCUCACUAAUGCAAGCAUUGCGAAAACUACUUGUUUAAAUUCUACGGAUAGUCGUAGCCAACCUUCUACAACUAAUUUAGAUGCAACAUCACAGUCGGUAAUUGUUAAUAACAAACUUAUGAAAGGUGCUACACAAAGUGGUUGGAGUGAUCAAGAAACUCUAUUGUUAUUAGAAGCCUUAGAACUUUAUCGGGAUGAUUGGAAUAAGGUUGCUGAACAUGUAGGAAGUCGUACACAAGAAGAAUGUAUUCUUCAUUUUCUACGUCUACCUAUUGAAGAUGCUUAUUUAGAAGGUUCAGAUCCUAUAUUAAAUUUAACAUCAUUAGCAAAUUCCAAUCAUCCUACAUUGCCUUUUUCAAAAGCUGCUAAUCCUAUCCUAUCAACUGUAGCAUUUUUAGCCGCUGCUGUUGAUCCACGUGUAGCAUCAGCGGCAGCUCAAGCAGCACUUAUAGAAUAUGCUAAAAUGCGUGAUGAAGUACCAGCUGGUCUAUUACGUGAACAUAAAGCACGUGUUGAAAAUGCAGUAAAAUUAGGUCACCAAAUUGAUCCACAAAAAUUUGGUUUAGAUGAAGUUGGUGGUAAUAAUCAAUUAAUGGAAUCAGAAAAAUUAUGUAAAUCAUCUACACAAUCAAUUACAACAGAGAAAUUAUCAGUAGUUGGUAAUGAACAAAUGUCAAUGGAUAAUGAUAUAAUAAAAGAAACAACUAAUCAUAAAGAAACUGUUCCAAUGGACACAACAAUAACAGCUGUUCCCACUGACGACACCACAAAUGAAAGUAAAGUCACUGAAAAUCGUGAUAAACACGAUGACGAUGAUGACGAUAAUAUUAAUAACAAUAAUGUAACAACAAAGUUGGAAAAAUAUAAAAUGGAGGAAAAUGUAGAAAAUGACAGCAGUAAAACUGAGCAGGUGACAAUUGACGAACAACAACAGGAUUCAACUGAUGUGAAUCAAACACCGCCUACAGUAAUGGAUGAAGCUCCUGUCGCUACUGCUGAAGUUGUUGGCAGUGACAGAAUUCAAACAAAAUCACCUGAUGAACAAUUAAAGGAUACGGUUGAACAAGAAAAACUCACUAAGUCUGUUAUAGAUUCUUCUACUACACAACAAAUGGAAAAAUCAACUAGUGAACAAGUAUCUAAUGAAAAAUUAGUCACUAACACCUCAUCAUUAUCGUCUUCAUCUUCAUUACCACCAAAUCCGAAUAGUUUAGGUACAGCUGCAGCAUGUGCAUUAGCUGCUGCAGCUAUUAAAGCACGUCAUUUAGCCAGUGUUGAAGAAAAACGUAUAAAAGGUUUAGUCGCUCAAUUAGUUGAAACACAGUUGAAAAAACUCGAUAUAAAACUUAAACAAAUCCAGGAAUUAGAAAGUAUCAUGGAACGUGAAUAUGAAAUGAUUGAGCAAAUGCGUCAACAAUUAUUACAAGAACGUCAAGCAUUUCAUAUGGAAGUGAUUAAAACAAUGGAGAAUCGUGCCAGAGCUUUAAUGCAUCAUCAUCAUCAACAACAACAGCAACAAAGUAGUAACGUCGUUUUGCCCCAACAACAACAACUACAGCAGCCACAAAAUCCUUUACAACCUCCUUAUUCUGGUACUCAAGGUUCUUGUUCAGUAGUAAUGAAUCCAGUCCUACACUCUAAUCCUUCAAUGCAACCAGGACCUCAUGUUAUUCAACCAACUAGUAGUAAUUAUCCAGCACAAACUGCACCAAUUUCUAAUGAUCCAAGAUCGGUUUUAAAUUCUACCUCUACAAAUCUAACAGUUUAUCCAUCAUCAAAUUAUGGGACAAUCACAACAACAACUCCGUCUGUUUUGCCUUCUCCAAAUCAACAACUAUCAUCUGGUGGACAUAUUUCUCCGACACCUACUCAACUUAUUCAACAUCAUCCACGUGAUGAGUGUCAAGCACAACCACCGAUGACGACGAUGACCACGGUGACAACAACAACAACAACACAGCCAGCCUCUAAUACACUACCGCAAACAGAAACAACUUGUGAUUCUUGGUCAGAAUCUGUCUAUCCUAUUACAUCGGAACCACACACUGUUCGUCAAAUUAUUGAACCAUCGAAUGAUACGCCUGUACCUAAUAUCACCGUAACAGUUGCACAAAAUGUUGUAACUCAUUCAGAUCCUUCUUUGGUGGUUGUUACUACAAGCUCUAAAAUUACCCAACCUAUUGAUUCAGUCAGUGAAGAUGUGGUAUUUUUUGAAUCAUCCAAACAUCAUGCACCACCUUCUACUGAAGUUAAUGCAUGUACUGUUGCAAGCUUACUAUCAGAUGAUAAUAAUGUUCCUGUUCCAUCUGUUUCUAGCCCAUCAAUUACUGAUACUAAUCCUCCUGAAUUGUCUACUUCGAACGAAGAGAAUAUUGUUCAAGGAGAAUAGUUGAUUCUGCUUUGUUAUUAAUAUUAAAUCAAAUUACUCUUACCAUUGUUAUCCCUGUUAUUACUACUACUAUUAAUGGUAGUAGUAGUAGUAGUGGUAGUAUUAACCUUACCAUAUUUCAAACUCUCAGUAAAUAUUCAUUUGUUAAAUUAUUCCAUCCUAAUUACUAUAUGUUAUCUUUACUCAUCAUCCCAUUAUUAAAUGUACCCUAUUAACCGGAGCAUUUAAUGUUAAAACAUUGUUAUAUUGUUUCUUUUUAUGUAAUACAUUGUGUGAUGAAUGUUUUUUUUGGGGGGGGGCGGGAUGAUUGCAGUUCGAAUAGGAAAUCCAUUUUUUUUUAUCCCUUAUUCUUUUUUUAUGUACGCUUUGUAUAUUUAUUAUUAGCUAGCAGAUAUUGGUAUGAGAGGUUUGUAGGGAUUGUUAUGUUUUCUAUAGUUCACAUUAUGGAUUGAUCUUAUUUAAACAAACUUUGAAAACUAAAAAGCACUGAGACAUUUGUUUCGUCCUCGCAUAGGAUUCUUCAGAAGUGUAUGUUCAGGAUCUGAACGCCUCGAAUUCGACCUCUGAUGAGGUAGCAUACGAAGAUGAUACAACUAUCCAUUGCUUCUUGGAUCCCAGUGAUUGCCUAAUUUAUGUCAGUCUGUAACGUGAAUGAGAUUAUGGGUUACGCUAUUUAUGCUGACAGAUACAAAUUGUAUGUAGCAACAAUCUGAGAUAGAAUGCCUGUCAGCAUAGAAUCGAAUUGAAGCGAACAAGGUGGAAAACAAAGAACAUUUGGAAUAAUGACAGGAUUAAAAGAAUCAUGAAGUAUGUAUAACUUUCAUAUUUUACAAAGGCAUUGGGUAAUUCUGCAAGAAAUCUGUAAAGCAGUUUACCGUACCUUAGUUUUCGUUCGUUACAAUAUAACGGCAGAAUGCAAAUGUUCUCAUUUACCACGAUAUACUACUACAAUGUGAUAAUACGGCUUGGCACGAAAUUAUAUCACCAUGAAACUGGUUACUAAAUUGGUACGCUACACAUGUUUUACCAAAUAUCAAAAAUUAGACUAUAUGCCAUACAAGAUUUCAUUUAACAUAAUUACAAGCAGGCUAC